AUGGGUUUAUGUAGUAUGUAAUAGUGUUAUAACUCCCAAUAAAAUCAAAGAGCUAUAAACGAAAUAAAAUCACAAGAAGAUGAAAUUGAAAUUGAAAAACAUGAAAAAAAGCGUCCAUCAAUAAAGGAAAAUUACAAAGACGACAAUAAAACAGUAAAUACAGUCGAAACAAAGUAAAAUAAUUAAGAUGGUCGAAAAAAAAUCCGUAAAAUAAAGACAUUUAAUUCCUAAAUUUUAAUAGAUGAAAAUUAAUAAAUAUCCGAAUCUGAGGAAGAUGAGGAAGAAAAGCAAAAUAAUAUAAAAAAUGAAGAAAAAAGGAAAAUACAUGAACGCGAAAUAUAAAUCAACAAAUCUAAUAAUAAAAUAGUUAAAUUAGAUACACUAAUAUUUGAUAAUGGUAUAAAAUAUACAGGAGAAUGGUUUAAUAAAAUGCGAGAUGGAUAUGGAAUUUAAGAAUGGCCAGAUAAUUCUAGAUAUGAAGGCGAAUGGAAAUAAGAUAAAAGUCAUGGUAAAGGUAAACUUAUACAUGCAGAUGGUGAUAUAUAUGAAGGCUAAUGGAAAAACGAUAAAGCAGAAGGGAAAGGUGUAUAUAAAAGUAAAAACGGUGCUAUUUUUGAAGGAGAAUGGGUAAAUGAUAAGUAGCAUGGAAAAGGAUCCGAAAAAUGGAUAGAUGGAACUUAUUUUGUAGGGGAAUAUUUUGAAGGUAAGAAAUAGGGGCUAGGAAGACUUGAAUUUGUAGAUGGAUCGGUUUAUGAAGGAAAUUUUAAUAAUAAUUAAAUUGAUGGAGAAGGUACUUAUAAAUGGUCUGAUGGGAAAUAAUAUAAAGGAUAAUGGAGUAAGAAUUUGAUGCAUGGAAAAGGAAAAUUUGAAUAUUUAAAUGGAAAAAGCUACGAAGGAUAUUAUUUUAAUGAUAAAAAAUAAGGAAAAGGGAUUUUUAAAUGGAAUGAUGAAAGAUAAUAUAUAGGUUUUUGGGAUAAAGGUAAUUAAAAUGGAAUUGGUAUUUAUUAUUUAAGUAAUGGAGAAAAAAAAAUUGGAGAAUGGGUUAAUGGAAAAAGAGAAAAAUGGUUUAAUGAGGAUGAAAUCUAAAAUUUAGUUUAUUAAGGUUAAAUGAUUGAUGAAUAAAAUUUUCUAGUUAAUGAUUGAUUUUUGAUUAUUAGAAUUUCUAUUAUUUUUG